UCUUUCUCACGUCCUCUCUAAGGUAGAAUUCGUUAUUUGCAAAAUCGUACUAUAUUAAUUGUUUAACUUGAAAAACAGUCUAUCAUAGCCGAAACUGAUAUCCAAUUUUAACGAAGUAACGGUUAAAUCCAAAUUUCAGCAUAAAAUAUUAUACCACCAAAUUUUUCUGUACAAUCUCCCGUACCAUUUUGCAAUUCUAUAUUUUGACUUGCAAUAUUUGGUAGGACUGCAGGAAAGAAGUCCUUGCUGCUGGCUGAUCACUGAAUUGAAAAGAAAAGUGGAGACCGGAUGGUGCUGUGGUGGGGAUGAUUUUUAAGUCUAUGGACUAUGGCUCUGUCCAUAUGAACUUGGGUUGGGCCUUGUUUAUGAUUUUGGAUUGAAAGGACAUAUUCUCUAUUUAUCUGGGCUUUUCAAAAAUUUGGUGCGUUAAUGGUUUACAUGGCCUCUAUUGAAGGACCAUGCCUGUAGAGGUGACAGUUCGGUUAUUUCGGUUAUAAUCAGUAACCGAUUGGCCGGUUAUUGGUUGACUAAAAUAAUCACUCUCGCUAUCGAAAAUCUUUCAAAAUAGGUUUCGAUGUGUCGGUUAUCGGUUAACCGAACCACUUUUAAUACCAAAAACCAUUUCGUUCAGCCUCCAAUAACCGACCGAAGUUCGAUUACUUCAGUUACCGAUUAGUGGAUAACCGGCCAGUUAUCGGUUUAACCGUUUUUCCUUCUAUUUCCUGUCUGCUUAUAAAUACAGGCCGGAAAUAGAAGAAUAAAGUAUACAUAAUUCAGGCUAAACUUACAAAAAAGUGAAUAUAUGAUUCAUGUUUCUCCUCUUAAUUCAUGUUUGUUGGACCCGCUUCCCCUAUAAAAAAAAACUACAUGCAUACGUUUACCCCUUCCACGGCGGCGUAUUAUACCUAUAAAAUUCAUUGGAGAGUUGUGUGAAGGACCCAUAUCUCGACCUUCUUGUGUCCUUAUAUGGUUGUCAUGCCGGUGGCAUGCCACUUGGUUUAACCUGGUUCAACUUGUGCCGGUCAUGAAACUGGCAUGACAUUACCGGUAUGACCGGUAUGAUCGAUUUACGCAUUUUAAAUAAAAUGACAUUAUUUUAAUGAAUUUAAUGAAUAAAAAAAUUAAUUUAUUAUUUAUUUUAUGAUUGUAAUAGUUAAAAGUUAAUGAUAUUUGUUGGAUUGUAACUAAAUUGUCCACAGAUAUGUUUUAUAUAUGAUUAAAUACAUUGGAUAUUAAUUGUUAUCACAUUUUUUUAAACCGGCAUGAACCGGCACAAACUGGUUAUACCACCGGUCGUACCAUUCCACUUACUAAACCGGCACAACGGUAUAAACUGGUUUGACAACCUUGGACUCCUUAAUCCUCAUCCAAAUUUAAAAAACAAACCCUCAGCGUUUUUGUUCAAUUCUGUUUCUCAACAAAAAAAUCCAAAAUGUUAAUUGCGUGUGACCAUGCAUGGGUCCAAAACGCCAGAAAAGAAAUGGCAAUAGCACACCAAAUACUACAUAGCAUAUACACACACAUUAUUUUGUUUGUUUACUAUAAUGCAUAUAUAAUAUAAGCACCAAAAUCAAAAUCCCACCACUUCAAAAUCCGGACAAAGUUAUGUCUACACAAACUCACUCAACAUUUAGCCGGAUCUAUAUAUCCUCAAUGAACUAACUGAUCGCAAAAGCUAUGUGACGAUUUUCUACAAAUAUCAAAAUUAUAUGACCAUUAUAGAUAUAAACGUGCACCUUAUAAUACACACACACAGAUUAAUCCAAUGGCGAAAAUAUCGUCACCAACAACGAAGCCCACCAACUUGUUCACCAUUGCAAUAUUUUUGCUGAUGAUGAUGAUCAGCAUCGCCUCCUUGCUGCCCACUUCAACGUUUGCUCAAUCUCGCGCUGAACACCAUCAUCACCGUCGUGGAGGCGGAGUCGCCGCAAAAAUGGGCGCUUCCGGUAAAGUUGGGGGUAGUAGGAGUAGUGCUGGUGUUGGUGGUGGUAAAGUCACGGCGGUGAAAAACGCAAAGGGAACCAGAGGCGGUGCCGGCGGCGGUGGUGGAAGUAAUGCUGCAGCCGCAGGGAUUGGUGCCGCCCUUAGUGAUAUGAUGAGAGGAGCAAAUGGUAAUAAUAAGAAUGGUCAGCGUGGCCGCAGGGCAAUGGGAGACGAGAAAUUAAAUUUUCGCUUCGCAGGCAGUCAAGGUCAUCACCGUAAUCAUGAUAAAAAUGUUGGUGUUAGUGGUGGAGGCGGUGCCGUUAGUAGAGGCCAUAGCAGCAGCGUCGGUGGUGGCCGCCGCCGGGAUAAAAAUAUUGGUUUUUAAUAGUGGAGGCGGUGGCGGUGGAGACGGAAGGACAAAAAGAUGAAGCGUGGAUAAAAUAAAAAUAUUUCUGUUCUCUCCCGCUCUCGCUGAUGUCUCAAAGUCUAAAGUUAGAGCCUUUGAUUGUCUGUUGCAAACGGAAUGUAAUAAUAAAUCAGUCUUUAUUAAGAUAAAUAAAUACGGGAGAGAGGUGUGUUUAUCGUCCAUUUAGUGGGUUUGAAAAAUGACUCAAAUGGACUUAUUCAGUUUUAAUGUCGUUAUUUUUUUUAUAUCCCAAAUCACAACCCAAUUAAAUGAAGACAUUUGGGUCAU